AUGUUGUCUAGACUAUCGCCAUGUAGUAGACGUAUCCCUGUAAGAUUUUCAUCAAAUGGAUCGAAUGAACCGGAUUUGUCGGAUCCAAAAAUGUUGGCUCUGCAUAAAAUGUAUCGCCCGGAAAGAAUUACGCCAUCGAAACGUGGAAUUGAUUUGUUGAAAACACCAGGGUUGAAUAAGGUUGGUCAAUUUCUAACGACCUUUUUUGAAACUCUUACAGUUUUAGGGAAUGGCAUUUUCAUUGGAAGAACGUCAAUAUCUUGGUAUCCAUGGACUUUUGCCGCCAGCUUUUAUGACUGAAGAACAACAGGCAUAUAGAAUUAUGACGAAACUUCGUCAACAACCGGAUAAUCUGGCAAAGUAUGCAUUUUUUUAAUUUUUCAUAGAGAGGGAUAAGGCAUGAAUUAUAUUUUAUCAAGAACUAAGACAAGGAGAAUUCUGUUAAUCAAAUUAAAUUUUUUAAAUCUCUAGGUGUUUUGAAAAGAUAACUUGAGACUUGAUAGUUCUCUUACCUUCUCCUAUUUUGACUUACCUACUAGGAUUUAAUCAAUAUUUUUCAGAUAUGUCCAAUUGGAUUCUCUUCACGAUCGUAAUGAGAAAUUGUUUUAUCGUGUUUUGACUGAAAAUGUAAAAGAACUCAUGCCAAUUGUUUAUACUCCAACAGUCGGACAAGCUUGUCAACAUUUCGGAUUUAUCUACCGUAAUCCAAAAGGUCUUUAUAUUACUAUCAAUGAUAAUAGUAUCAGUAAGAUUUAUCAUAUUUUGGCUAAUUGGCAUACCGAAAAUGUCAAGGUUCGUUGUUUUUGUUGUCAAUUAUUCCAAAAGUUUCAUCAUUUUUUCAUUUAGGCAAUUGUAAUCACUGAUGGUGAACGUAUUUUGGGACUUGGAGAUUUGGGAACAUAUGGAAUUGGUAUUCCUGUUGGAAAACUUUCUCUUUAUGUUGCUUUAGCUGGAAUUCGUCCAGAAUGGUGUCUUCCAGUUAUUUUGGAUGUUGGAACUGAUAAUGGCGAAUUAUUGAAUGAUCCAUUCUACACCGGACUUCGUCGUAAACGUGUUCGUGGUCCAGAAUAUGACACUCUUGUUGAUAAUUUCAUGAAAGCCGCAACAAAACGAUUUGGAAGAGAUACACUCAUUCAAUUCGAAGAUUUUGGAAAUCAAAAUGCUUAUAGACUUCUUGAUAGAUACAAGGGUGAAUAUUGUAUGUUCAAUGAUGAUAUUCAAGGAACUGCUGCUGUUGUUGUUGCUGGUUUAUUGGCAAGUACUCGAGUAACAAAAAAGAAGAUGUCACAAGAAAAAUUUGUAUUCUUGGGAGCUGGUGGAGCUGCAACUGGAGUUGCUGAAAUGUGUGUAAGACAAAUGAUGGAUGAAGGAUUGACUGAAGAAGAAGCUUGUGCGCGUAUUUAUAUGGUUGAUAUUGAUGGUUUGAUCACCAAGAAUAGAAUCAAGAAUUUGGGAGAGAGACAUAUCAAAUUCGCCAAAGAUUUGCCAGACACUAAAAAUCUUCUCGAAAUUGUGAAAACAGUCAAGCCGGGUGCAUUGAUUGGUGCUUCAACAGUUGCUGGAGCAUUCACUGAAGAAAUCUUGAAAGAAAUGGCUGCAAAUAAUCCAAGACCAAUUGUUUUCGCUCUUUCAAAUCCAACAAGCAAAGCUGAAUGUACAGCUGAAGCUGCCUAUAGAUGCACUAACGUAUGUUUGAUCAGAAAAUUCUGAAACUAAUUUGAAUUUUUCUAGGGAACAGUUCUUUUUGCAUCUGGAUCACCAUUCGAUAACGUUGAAUUGAAUGGAAAAUUGUUCAAACCAGGACAAGGAAAUAAUGCUUACAUCUUCCCAGGAGUUGCUCUUGGAGCCAUUCUUUUCUGCACCAAACAUAUUCCAGACAAAUUGUUCCUCAUUGCCGCAAGAGUCAGUGAUUUCGAAAUUAUAUUUUCUAUUUUUCAAGUUCUUUUUUUUUCAGAUGGUUGCCGAAGCAGUCAGUGAGAAAUCACUCAACACUUAUUCUCGUGUUUAUCCACGUCUCAAAGAUAUUCGAGAAUUGUCGGUUCAAAUUGCAAUUGCUGUUGGAGAAUAUUGCUAUAAACACGAUUUGGCCACACUUCAUCCAAAACCUGAAGAUAUGGUAGGAUUUUGUAUAUUUUUUUCAAGGGGAACUUUUUGGAACUCGAAAGUUGCUAUAAAUGUUAGAGUUGGGAAAUAAUUAGUAAUAUAGUUUAUUUUGUACUUGAACUUUAAACGAAUUUUUAUCAAAAAUCGAUAAUUUAAGAGUUUUCAUCCAAAUUUUGAGAAUUUUGGUAUCGACUUAUUGUCAAUAAAAAAAAUAAUGAUAUUGAAAAAAAUAUUUGAUAGUAAAUUAUAUCAAAAUUUUGAAACAUAUUCUUUUGUUUUUAUAAAGUUAGAAUCUGCGAAUCAAAUUUUGACUCAAAACUUUUGAGGAGAUGAACGUUUUGAGGAGCUUAAAUUAAAAUAGUUGAUUAUCAAGUUUUUACAGCUGAAAAUGAAAAAGGAAGGGGGGGGGCAGUAAUUUUCAAAAGUUGGGGUUUGAAACGGUGCUAUGCGACGUAUGGACUCACAUUAAUUUUUGGAAAAAAAAUUAGAAUCAUAAUUUUCAGACCCUACUGUAAAAGUUUUGAAUGGUUCCAAUCAAUGAUUCCAAAUAUUCCCAUCUUUUUACAGUAUUUCAAAGUUAAUUUCUUUUUUUUCAGGAAAUGUUCAUUCGUCAAAACGUUUAUAGUGUUGAAUAUGAUGAUUUGAUCAAUGCAACAUAUGAAUGGCCAGCAAAAGACACCAAACACGGAUUCCCGGUUCCAGUUUUGAGAAGAACUUCAAUGGAUGAUGAAUAA